ACCGAAGCCUCGUUACAAAAAGCAGGUGGGCAAAAAAGCGAAAAGGGGGCUGGACUUGACUGCGAAGUGUUUAAUUUCAUUAAAAAAAGGCAGCUGCGAGUGAGGCGCGCGCGUCGUUCGGCGGUAACAGCAGGGCAUACAAAUUAUGCGAAAGGGCAUCAUCCACAGCCAAACAAUCAACAGCAACGACGACGCCGCCGACAAAUAUGCAGAAUAUACAGAACUCGACAGCAGUAACGUCAUCGUCAUCCGGGGGAACGAGGACAGGAUGUGGUGCAGUAUUAUCAUCAGCGGCAGAUAGCAGCGGGGCGAUACCGGAGGCAAAAUCCAGAAAAAUCAGUGAUGGCGGCGGUGGCAUUGGCAGCGUCAUCUGCAGCGGAAGCGGUGGAUCCAGCGGCGACAGCUGCUCCCUCCACGAUCCGUCAACGGCGGCCACAAAGCAUGCGCAGCCGCAACAGCAACAGCAGCAGCAGCCCAUGGCCAUACACUAUCUGGCGAGCUUCCAUGAGAUCUGCAUAGUGACCGCUCUGCUGCCUCUGGUGACGCUCUUCACGUGCUUUGUGACCGCCUACGUCUACCAGUACGACGAUGUACACGAGACACAUUGCCGCGUAUAUAAUAUAAUACCCUCGAUAAGUGCAAUUACGGGCGUCAGUCCACAGCGCUACUUCUGGCGUUUUAGCAUUGCGCUACACAUUGGACCACGCAUCCCCAUUGCCUUCGUCUACAAGAACUACUAUCGGUCGCAGCUGAAGCGGAUCAGCCCGGAGCUGGUGCCGCAGGCCAGCUGGCUGAUCAGUCUGAUUCUGGUGCUCAAUUGCAUUGAGAUAGCGGCCCUGGGCGGCGUCACCUAUAUAUCAAAUCGGGAGAACUAUCCCGUGCACGAGAGAAUCUUCAUCACGUUCAUGAUAUGCUCGCUGUGCUAUAUGCUGGCCACCAUCAAGCUGAAUGGUAUCCUCAAUGCUGGCCAGUCGCUGAAUGUCCAACAGCAGCAGUCGAUCAAGUGGAAGAAGUUCUUCUUUGUGGCCUCCAUACUGAGCACCAUCGGUCUGCUGAUCUUCUUUGCCAAACAUCGCUUCUACUGUCACGAUUUGGCCUUCAGCUGGUUCGCGUUCUUUGAGUACUUGAUCGCCAUUGCCAAUAUGCUGUACCACUUCACCAUCAUAUGGGACUUCCCAUCGCAGUACAUGGUGAUUGUUCAGGGGCCGCUGGAAAAUAUAUCGCAGUACUUGAGCAACAGGCCGAAAAUCGACUAGAGCUGGAGAGCACUCCAUUCGUUCGUUUAAUUUCCGGAUUUUCUUCUCUAGUACAUAGUGUCUGUGUGUGUGUGAUUCCCAUACGAAGCGUACAAUUAUUGAUCUUCAUCAACUUUAAAGUUUAAACCUAAGCGCUUCCAUUGCAACAGAAACAUUCUACGUGUAAAUCAUUCUAUUUUUUUCUCAAUUUUCUCUCUCUCCCUCUCUACAAACUCCCAAAAGAAAAAGAAAAAAGGAAAAACCAAAAACCAAAAGCGGAAAGGAAAGGAAAAUGUGUUUAAACAGAAACCGAAACGAAAGCGAAAUGUUCCAUAGUUCCAAAAAUAUUCUAAUUAUAUAUCGUACGGGCAUAAUGUCCUUUGUACACAUUCGAAUUACGAGUAAAUGAAUUAAGUAACGUAAACGUAAGGUUUAAGUGCACCCAAACAAAAGGAAAACCAAAGAAAAACCAUAGAGUAGACAUAUGUAUGUAUGCCUAGACGACGACCGUAGCUCGCAAAAGAAAGAACAGAACACUACCAAAUACCAUUAGAAGAGUGGCAGAGUAACAGAGCAGCAGAGGCCGCUUUCAAGCAGAUCUCAUGUCAAUUCCAAAAUUCAAGGAGUCAGCGUUUAUUACAUAGUAGCACUUAGACGUACAUAUCGUUUAUACAGAAAUAGGAAACAUCAUCAAAACUUGUGUGAAAUUGUUUGGUGGCCCUAUUGGGCUCCUAGUACCCCUGAACAGAAUUCAGACAAUAGAGACAGGCAACGAACCACAAACAACAAACCACAUGGGGGAAUUCUACACACACAUAUAUGUACACACAGACAGACCUUCUGAUUGAUGAUAAACAAAUCUAGCAAUUAAACAACAAUUCUAAUUAGCCAAUAAAUGGAGAAUGAAGUACAGAUAGAUGUGAAAUAAGGUGAAACAACCCCCCCUCCCCUACCACCCUCCAAAAAGUUGUAUUUGCUGAACGAGUGGCAUUCAUAUAGCUAAACUAAACGAAUUGUAAACCAAAUUAAGAGCCUCUCAUACACCGAAUGUUGAAGGGGGGAACAACACAUACUCGCAUGUAUGUGUGUAUGUAUGUAUGUAUGUUUUUUUUUUUCUAUCUGAACAAAUGUAAUAGCAUUGAAUCUUGUACCAUACACAACAAAAACAGCAGAAGAAGCGAAACUGAAGCGGAAGCAGCAGUCAAGGAAAAACUCUUUUAUUCCAUAAGUAAAAUACUAUUAUUAUUAUUAUACAUUGCAAUAUGAAUUAUGCAUUGCAUUGUAUUUGCGAAAGAGAUACAGAUAUCCGUUUGAAUUUUAAUCCUUUGAAUUAUGUAAACUAAACCAAGGCAAAGAUGUAGCUAAACUAAUGGAAACAAUUGUUAAUACUCACACGACACAAAUGGAAUAUAUGGGGGGAAUUAUAUACCUAUAUAUAUUGUAGAUAUACAUAUGUACAUAUCUAUGUAGUAUAGUAGGUAUAUGUUAUGCAAUUAUUUGAAUUGAAUUGAAUUACCUGUUGUUGAUGCGAUACGAUACAUUCUAAAAGUUCUAUGUCUGCCCUUCCGUUUCGCUCAUGUUUUGUAUCUCUGUUGCCCCUCCUCCGCCGUUGGAGCACUUCUAAUUAUGUGCCUCUCUUACGCUUUAUAAAGAUAUACUACAUAUAUAUGUACAUACAAAAUAUACUGUAUACUGGACACUGGUAUUGUAUGCAAUGUACCUCCUGUUCCAUAUGAUAUGCAUGUGUAGUUGUACCCUCUCUCACAGGCUAUUUUCGAUUGAUUUUACAUAUAUAGCAUGUACUCGUAUUUAUGCAUGUACAUACAUAUGUACUAUGUACUCGUAUUGUAUGGCGAAUACCUUCUUAAACGGAUGUACGAAUUGUUGGAUAGAUGGUCACUUUUUAAAAUGCAACCUUUUUACCUUUGCAUACAUUUAUUUUUAGGCGACACAAAGUAAGCGAUUUAUUAAGAAAAACAACAUGGAAAAUCAGAAACCCAAAUAACAAAUUAACUAUGCAAUAUGUAACUUUGUAGCUUCCUUAUUUGAAUAAAGUUUAAUACCACAUACAACA